CCCCAAACCGCAUACCAAUGCAGACCGCCUUCAUUCCUACGCUAAGUGCAGGUUCAUGGUGUCUGGUGGUCACUGGCCAUCAGAUAGGUAAUCGGGGUUAAGAUCCGGCGGCGCGAUGAACCAAGCCAACGCUUCCGUCGACCUUUCGUCCCCUCUCUCGCCAGCCCAGCGGUCGCUCGCUGACCUAGUCCCGGUUAUCGAGGAGCUCGAGUCCAUCUGCGAGGGCAAUGUGAUAGACUCCCAACUUGCCCUCACGGCAACCGAGUGUCUGCAUCGUCUCCGUCACACAUUCAUCGACAGCGAUUACCCCAGACAAGCGAAAGAGAGCUUCCGGCAUCUACAUGGCUUCCAAACGGUACUGCACCUCCUUCGGAAGGUUUCGGACUUUUACGACCCCCACGGAUCCUCAGAAGAGGAAAGAAAAUUCCUCCUGUCCCUCCACAAAGAUGCAUUGGCGGUUUUGGCCGAGGCCUUGAAGGAGCAUUUUGGAAACAAACGAUAUUUUGCCAAUCGGAUUGUAGGGGGAGGCCAAUCUACACUGGAGGAGGUCUUUGCCAUUUUGGCCAGAAAAGUAGACAGCGCCCAAGGUGAUGCGGACCAGUUUUAUGGUGGCAUCUUCGCGGCAGUCUUGUGCCAGGAAACAGUUGCCCGUAUAUUCACAGCCCUGAGUGAGAAGUUUCAGACGGCCGACGAAGUAUCCCAGACCGACAUUAGAGCGGAAGUGGACCGAUGUGUAGGAACCUCUGAAACCGUCGAAGUGCCGGAGUUUCUAGGCCCUUUGGUCCGAGUCUGGUUGAUGCAGCCUUCAUCCGAUCCCGAUCACAGAAUACAGAGACUAGCUUUACCAUCGUGUCUAUGUCAACUCGCUCGUCAGUCUCAGCGGAACAUCACAAUCCUGCACGCCACUGGGAUCUUAUCUUUGAUUCUUCCGAUUCUGUUCGACGAGAACUACCCGGAAUCCGUGAGGCUGCCUUACCAAGAACUCGCAGAACUACUUUGUUCUCAGGGGAUUAGUAGCCUAGAUGACGCGGUGUUCCUCUAUCAGAAAGCACACGGUUGCCCGAAAGUGCUACGGUUCCUUGUCAGCGCCCUGAAGUCUUCGAAGGAACCCCCUUCAAUUCAGUUCGACCUAUCCCAGCAUGGGUUUUGCUCAUUGGAGUUCUCAACCCUGGGUCGCUCGUUUCCGCCUACAACUUCCUCUGGCUACACUCUUGCCGUAUGGGCUCGCUUUGAUCAAUUUGAUACGACGACACACACCACAAUAUUCGGAGCAUUUGAUGCGAGCCAAACAUGUUUUGUACUGGCGUACUUGGAGAAGGACACCCGCAACUUCAUUCUACAGACAUCAAUUAGAGGCUCCCGCCCCAGCGUUCGGUUCAAGUCCACGGCGUUCGAGCCAAAUCGAUGGUAUCACAUCUGCGUGGUACACAAAAAGCCAAGACCGCCAUCGUACUCGCGUGCCUCACUUUUCAUAGAUGGUGAAUUUGUUGAGCAGUUGAGAAUUGAAUACCCAUCCCUGCCUGCCGUGAACGCUUCCAACCGGUCAUCACGGGUUCAAGCGUUUUAUGGCACCCCCCAGGACCUGGCGAUGAAGCUUGGAAAGGGGGUUUCCUCAUCUCGAUGGUCUCUAGCGAAUGCAAUACUCUUUGACGAAGCAUAUAGCGAUGACAUGGUUUCUGUUUUCUACAAUCUCGGUCCGCGCUACUAUGGGAAUUAUCAGGAUUGUCUGGGUUCUUUCCAGACCUACAAGGCGUCCGCAGCCUUGAAUCUGCGUAAUGAGCAUCUUCAUCCUGGCAAAGAAGAAACAUCGGACAUCGUCACUGCCAUCAGGCGCAAAGCGAGUACUCUCAUCCGGGAGGAUUCCAUUAUACUCAAUGUCUCCCCCCUAGCUGUGCUAGAUGAUGACGACGGCAACGCCAUUGACGAAUCGCGACUCAUCAAAUCUCUUUCGAAGCAAGCCGCCAAAAACUUGCACCACCUGACAAAGAUGGGAGCAAACGCGGUGGCUGUCAACGGAGCCACUCCUGCUAUCAACGAUGCCUUGACUCAAGCCCAUGGAAUCGGAGUGUUGACUGGAGACCCUGUAGUUGCAGUACCUCACUCUCUCGAUGAUGCGAGUUGGCGCAUCGGUGGCUGCGCGGCGGUGCAACUGAGCUUGAUCCACUCAGCGAAUUCUGCAGAGACAUUGCUUUUAGCGGUCGAGGCAUUUUACGAGGCUGUACAAGACAGCUGGCGAAACAGUGAAGCAAUGGAAAAAGAAAACGGCUAUGGAAUUCUUGCUGCAUUAUUGCGUGAAAAAUUAGGGCUAUCUUCAGGGGGUCAAGUCACAAACUCCAGGAGCUCGAGCGUUUGCUCCUCCUACGAAGAGCGAUCUGACCUCGCCUUAGAUCUUCUUCGAUUAACUCUCAAGUUUUUAGGAUACGACUUUGAGCAGCCAAAUCGCUCUAUUAUCACGAACCCACUGGCUUACAGAGUUUUGCUUGUUGACUUGGAAGUGUGGAGAUUCGGAAACCAUCCUCUCAUUGAGUUAUACUAUUCUCAGUUUUGUAUUUUUGCAAGCGAGAGUCAAUUCCGUCGAUCUAACUCAAAGCGCCUCGCUCGCAUGCGUGUGAGUAAGAAGCUCCUCGAAACCUUGAAGGGGGAAGACUUUACAUCAGAGGCUUUGAUGCUUUUCACGUCCGCCUUUGGAUCUUUGAUGGAGAGCUGUCUGACGGCAGACUUACUUCGGUCCCUGUCCCUUUUUAUCACGUAUGCCAUCCAUAAACCUAAAGAACCAAGCAGACUCCAGAAGAAGAAAAGCCUACGCUUCAACAACCCCGGCAUCCGACAACCGACAAAUGCUGUUGAGCCUAAGUAUGUUUCAAGCACAGUGAUAGCGACGGAGAUGCUUCGCAUGUAUUGUUCCCUUCUCUGUAACACACAUGACUUUGGGCCAAUAAAGAAGUUUGCCAGAGCUGUAACAAACAAGUGGCUUUUAUAUCUCAUGUGUGAGGAUGAACCUGAGAUUGUUGUCUUGGCCACCAAAAUCAUGGCCCGCUUGAUUGUGGUCCAUGGCAGCAGUUACAGCAAAAAGUUUACCGAAAAGACAGGGGGGUUCAACCUCAUGCGACACUGUCUGAAAAGAUGGUGGGACGCCCCGAUUCUGUGGCCUAUCUGUUUUUCUAUUCUAUUUGGCCUUGACGUAGGCAAGAUAGAUAUUGAUAAGCCGUUUGACCACACUACUCUGUCGGAACUAUUCUAUCCUGGGAGUCAGGCUCAGGUCAUUAUUCCCGAAAUGUUUCCAGUCAUCACGGAAAUGAUGCAGAGUGCCCUGAGAAAGGUUGUGCUUGUCAACUCCUUUUCAGAAUUCGAUAGCGAGGCCCCCGGUUCCCUUCAAGAUAAAGUACAGAGCCCUAAACCUUUCAUGUCAUCUCAUAUACCUCUGGGGGCGACUGCUGGGGGCGUGUCUCUUUUAACCGCUGUGGUUGAAUUCCUUGCUGAAUUGCAGCUGAAGUCCGAGAACCUUCGCGAGUUUGCGACAAGACCCGGUUACGUGCAAAACCUACUCUCUGUUCUAUUCCCAGUCGUCGUCGGUUCUGAUACCGUGAGCGCUGAAGACGAGAUAAGCUCUCAUCCUCGCAUCGGUGGCCCUGAACUUGAUGACCCUAAUUUCAUGGUUCGCCCGCGUUCAAGAAGAGCAACCGAGGUGCGAACUACAACAGUCGAGCAGACUGGGUCCCAUGAUGAAAACGGCUCGCUAGGACGUGGCUCGUCAUUCGUUCUUGUCUCCUCUGACAAGAAAUGGCUUCCAUCGUCAGCACGCAUUCAACAUGCUUUUACUUCCCCGAGAGUAGAGUUCAAAGGGGUCACUGAUCAUCCCCUGGUUUCCACCAUACUAAGCCUCGUUUUAUCUGUUUUCUCGGAGCAGUUGCUCGAACGAAAAGACUUUUCUGGCCUUGGUCUAUAUAUGAAAACACCAUCCGGGUUUCCGGAGUACCAGGCGUACUUUAACUCCUGGAUGCUGAGGUCUCUUCUCUCCACUUUACAGGACGUUAUAUUCUCGAAACUUGAGUUGCUUUCUGAACCUCGCGUUUUGACGAAUCUGGGACGAUUUUCGACCCAUCUAGGCGAAGCAGUAUAUGAGGGUUGGUUUGUUGAUGGUGCUACUGCCACCCUUGAGUUUGCUGGAGCCGUCCUGGAAUACCUUCAAAGACCCGAUGUCUCGCGAUUAAAGAGCAUCAGACUUUGUAGCCAGGCAAUUGCGACAAUCAGAUCUACGGUGUUUCGUGUCGUCCUACUCAAACUAUCACAGGUUGAGGGUCCGGAGGCACUCUCCUUUCUGAACCGUUUGUCCUAUUGGCAAGUUGUGCUUCUUUCUGCUGGGGAAACACAGCCCGACUAUUUGAAGUUACUGUGCUAUACCCUUUAUAUCAAGCUGAUUGACAAGAGUGAAGACAUACGGUUGACCGCAGCCAGUCUUUUCCGCAUCUUGUUGGUGCAGAAGCCCGCUGAAAUGUCGACCAUUUUGAGUCAAACAGACCCAUCUUUGCAAAGCCGACUUUCAAAUGGCUUUGAAGCACUCGUUGGAAUGGAAGAUGCUGCCUUCCUACAGUGGGUGGAUGAUCACGAGGACGACCUCAAUACGUUAUUUUUUGGGGGGUUGUCCAAACAGUGGGCCUCCUUUGUCCAAGAGGAGAAUGUGAAGAUUGAGAACUCGGCGCGCUCUCGGUAUCAUAAGCGCCAAGACAAGCUGAAGGAGUGGAGUGAGAUAGAGAAGGAGAAUGAGGAAGUGAUACGCAAGCACGAAGCUACAUUCCCUCAUUGGAUAUCGAACAUAUCGGCAUCUGAGUUUCUGAAAUACCAGCGAGCUCUUCAGGAUCAGCAAGACAACUCGGUUUUCAUGUGGGCAGCGCUGUCACAUUUGAUCUUAGAUUUACGCCGCUUCAGUGGUGUUCUUGCCGAUGACAAGGAGCGAAAAUGGCGUCUUGAUCAGACAGAAGGACGCAGCCGCAUGCGACUUCGAUUGGUCCCAGAUGAAUCAGGGGAUCGACACGACUACCAGCCGAAGCGGAAAGCAUCGGAACCUCCGGUGAUCAAGGUCGAUACGCAAGUUCCGGCGCCAUCUGGUGGUGACGGCGUCGGUCUAACUCCUACUGUGCCCGCCGACCAAACCGAGAACAAUCCUCAGGGAAUAAGCCCUGAUAGCAGAAGCGUGCUUGAAGAAAGCUUCGAGAUGAUCGAUGACCCCAAGGCCGACCUUGAAGACUACGAAGACAGAAACAGAAAAGUUAUGAGGAGUCUGCACCGCGGGGAUCAGGUCGAAAAUGUAUGCAACAUGUCUCGCAUCAUCGGAUUGGAGGCAUUUGAAGGGCUGUUGAUCCUCGGCAAGAAUAACAUUUACAUUCUUGACAACUUCUUCCAGAGAUCUGAUGGUGAGAUCGUGAAUGUUUGGCAAGCCCCCACAGAUGAACGUGAUCCCUACGUGGGGAUGAUCACCGGCAAAGAGUCAAAUGAGCGCAAACCACGAGAGCAUGAAACUAGGAGUUGGAAAUGGUCAGACCUCGUCAGCGUUUCGAAGAGACGGUUCCUUUUCCGUGAUGUGGCCCUCGAGAUCUUCUUCACGGACGGUACCAGUUACUUGCUGACCCUCAUAUCAUCACGGGCUCGGGACAUUCUUUGCAGUCAGCUUGGCACAAAAGCGCCUCAGGUGACUGGAAGCGUUGGUCACUCUAGGCCAGAGGACGUUUGGAGAUUUGAAACCCUUCGAAGCCAGGAAGAUGCUCCGCAGUCGCUUGGAUCCAAGGUCGCUAGUGUCUUUGGUCAUUCACCAGUGCAUCCAGCAACCCGCAAGUGGGCUAAGGGCGAGAUUUCGAAUUUCCACUAUCUUAUGCUUGUCAAUACGUUGGCUGGCAGAACAUUCAACGAUUUGACACAGUACCCCGUUUUCCCUUGGGUGGUCGCUGAUUAUACGAGUGAGGAACUAGACUUGACAAAUCCGUUAACCUUCCGUGACCUUUCCAAGCCUAUGGGCUGCCAAAACCCGGAACGAGAGGCCGGGUUCAGGGAGCGGUACAAAGCAUUUGCAGAAAUGGGGGCUGAUGAUGCGCCUCCGUUCCACUACGGCACUCAUUACUCUUCGGCGAUGAUUGUUAGCUCAUAUUUGAUACGUCUUCAGCCAUUUGUGAAAUCCUACCUCCUGCUCCAGGGUGGCACCUUUGACCACGCCGACCGUCUCUUUUACUCUAUCGGGAAAGCAUGGGAAUCCGCUUCUCGACAAAAUAUGUCCGAUGUGAGGGAAUUGAUUCCCGAGUUUUUCUAUCUUCCGGAGUUUCUCGUCAACUCGAAUAAAUACGAGUUCGGUUUCCUGCAGAACAUGACAACUGCCAUCGACUCCGUGGAACUCCCCCCUUGGGCCAAAGGAGACCCCAAAAUAUUCAUUGCCAAGCAUCGUGAAGCUCUAGAAAGUCCUCAUGUCACGCAGAACCUACAUCAUUGGAUUGAUCUGGUGUUCGGAUGCAAACAGAAAGGCGAGGCAGCCGUUGAGGCUGUCAAUGUUUUCCAUCAUCUCUCAUACCAGGGGGCCAAAGAUGUCGACACAAUCGAUGACCCUGUCGAACGACUUGCUACAAUUGGCAUCAUUCACAACUUCGGACAGACCCCCCAUCAGAUAUUCAAUCGACCACACCCACAGCGUGAGGACUUGCGGCAAAGGCCCCCCCGUCUGGAUCGUCUUGCCGAGUCACUUACGCAGCUCCCUAUCUCGCUUCUUGAUAUUGGAGAACAAGUAUCCUCGCUAUCAAUGAAACAUGACCGCCUUCUAUGCGCUGCGGCAUUGCGGCUAAACAUUCCUCCCAGUUAUGACAAGUACAUGGAAUGGGGUUUCUUCGACGGCAGCGUUAGAUUCUACUCUGCGGACAACCGAAAACUUCUGGGGCAUCUUGAACACCUUCACAUUGGCCAAUUGUCCUGUGCAAUCUUUGCGGACUCACGAACACUGGUCACGUCGGGAACGGACUGCACGGUUUCAACAUGGAAUUUCUCAUCGACUAGCCGAUCGGUAGAUUUACAGCCAGCGGGAUCUUUGUUCGGGCAUCGUUCUCCCGUGACGACACUGGCCGUCUCACGAUCAUUCAGCACUCUCCUCUCGGCAUCGACGGACGGACAGGUCAUGCUGUGGGACCUGAACCAGCAAUGUUUUGUCCGGGAGCUUCCCGGAAGCGGUCCUGUCAACUGUGCGCGGAUCAACGACGUGACCGGCGAGAUUAUGAUUUGCCGGAGAAACCGCAUUAGCCUAUAUACGCUGAACGGUACUCUACUGCUAGAGCAGAACGUAUGCGACUCUGUGGACGACCAAAUCCUGUCCUGCGUCUUCUACGAAGGCGUCGACAAUGAAUGGCAGGAGCGAGAGCUUCUCUUCACGGGUCACAGGAGGGGAGUUGUUAAUAUCUGGAGUAAAAUCAUUCAUGGCGGACGGUUUGAGCUGGAAUUGAUCCGGCAACUUCACCACAUCGACAAUAGUCGGGACAACGGCGCCAAUAUUCCCGUGGGCAUUAGUUGCAUUCUGGCCUUGCCACAGGUCGUCUAUACGGGAGACGAAGCCGGCAGAGUGGUAAGUGAAAACUGAACGUCGGUUGUUUUUGGGCGUGGGAAACUGACCACACCCUGCAGUAUGAAUGGAGCUGUGUCCAACGACGUUGAUCCUUAUGUGUUGAGACCAUCCGAAGGGGAUGGAUUGAAAAUGAAGCUUCUGGAAGAUCAUGAAUGAGCCGCAUGAUAAGAAACGCCAACGAAGUUACCUCUAGCGAUGAGUCUUUUUUUUUUUUCUCUCUCUCUCUUUUUUCUUGGCCUCUUGACCCUGCCGAGCUCCGCUCCUGGCCUGACGCAGGACGACAGGCCGGGGAGAAGUGCCAGCACGCAUGUAUAGGCCUCUAGAUCUAGAACGACCGGGGCGGCUA